GUCACCUUUUCAUUUUCACGCGGAUUAUUAGAAAUUGGAAUACACUCACUCUCGGUCGUCUCUGUCUUCACUCGCUCUCGCUUCUGGUUUCUUGGAAGCGUAGCGCUUUCUCUCUCUAACAUAUAUAUACACAGCUAUACAAUAUUCUGAUCACCUUUCGAGGGAAGGAGCAGACCUUGUGAGUGUGAGCGCUCCUCGGAGAGAAGCAUUUCUUCUCCGACCUUCAAAACGACAGCGAUAUAUAAGUGGUGCGCUCUGACAUGGCUGCUGCUAGUGUAAGGUAUGCGCCGGAGGAUCCUACCCUCCCAAAACCAUGGAAAGGACUGGUUGAUAGUAAGACUGGAUAUCUUUACUUCUGGAAUCCGGAGACAAAUGUGACCCAGUAUGAGAGGCCUGUUGCCUCGAUCAAAGAAAGCUCUGUACCUCCUCAGGAAUCAUUGGGUUUACCAGCUGAAGAAACCAAGGGACAUUACUCUGGAAAGGAUGAUGAAGAUAACUAUAACAAAACUAACAAUGCUUGCUCUACAGAUGUUGCUUCAGAACCUGGAACGCAUCAGACUGGUCAGACAGUGUCAGAUUAUUCACUCAAAGAGCCAGUUCGGACGACUACUGCUGCAAAUAGAGUAUCUGCAUCUGUAGCUGCAGAAUCUGGUUUGUCUACUGAGGCUUAUUGUCGGCGUCAUGAAAUUACUGUUACUGGAGAUAAGGUGCCCUUACCUUUCACCUCAUUUGGAGCAACUGGUUUUCCUCCUGAGAUUUUAAGAGAGGUGCGAUAUUUGCUCCUGGAGGAGCCAAAUGUCGUACACUGUGCUGCCCUUCUUUAUGGGCUUUCCGAAUCAUCCAAGCUUUACCUGGAUGUCUCUUGGUAUGAUUCGGCACAACUUGCUGGUUUUUCGGCACCAACCCCAAUCCAGGCACAAUCAUGGCCAGUUGCUCUUCAAGGACGUGAUAUAGUGGCCAUUGCAAAGACUGGAUCUGGGAAGACUUUGGGAUACUUGAUUCCUGGAUUUAUGCAUCUCAAAGAAAAGCGUAAUAAUCCUAGAAUGGGUCCAACUGUAUUGGUGCUCUCACCGACAAGAGAAUUGGCGACACAGAUACAAGAUGAAGCUGUGAAGUUUGGAAAAUCAUCAAAGAUAUCUUGUACAUGUUUGUAUGGAGGUGCUCCUAAAGGUCCUCAGUUGAAAGACCUAGACAGAGGUGUGGACAUCGUGGUGGCUACUCCUGGUCGGUUGAAUGAUAUUUUGGAGAUGAGGAGAGUCAGUCUCCUUCAAGUGUCUUAUUUAGUGUUAGAUGAAGCGGACAGGAUGCUGGACAUGGGUUUUGAACCUCAGAUAAGGAAAAUUGUGAAAGAAGUCCCAUCUCGUAGGCAAACCCUGAUGUAUACUGCUACAUGGCCAAAAGAGGUACGAAGAAUUGCUGCUGAUUUCAUGGCCAACCCUGUUCAGGUUAAUAUUGGAAAUGUCGAUGAGCUUGCUGCAAACAAGGCAAUAACACAGCAUGUUGAAGUUAUGUCCCCAAUGGAUAAGCGGGGUCGCCUGUUAGAGAUACUGAGAUCCCAGGAACGUGGAUCGAAGAUAAUAAUUUUCUGCUCUACAAAGAAAAUGUGUGACAUCCUUGCAGAUAAUUUAAACCGGCAGUUUGGAGCUGCUGCUAUUCAUGGCGACAAAUGUCAGAGUGAGAGGGAUCACGUGUUGAAUGACUUCCGUACUGGAAGGUCCCCUGUGCUUGUAGCCACUGAUGUUGCUGCUCGUGGACUGGACAUUAAGGAUAUUAGGGUGGUGAUAAACUACGACUUCCCAACUGGGGUAGAGGACUAUGUGCACAGAAUAGGACGAACUGGACGGGCAGGGGCCAAAGGAGUAGCAUAUACAUUUUUAGGUGAUCAAGACGCAAGACAUGUGUCGGAACUCAUCAAGCUUCUAGAAGGAGCCGAACAGAAUGUUCCUGCUGAGGUUCGUGAUAUGGCUUCACGUGGUGGUGGUGGGAUGGGAAGGGGAAUGCGUCGAUGGGGUCCAGGUGGGGGCGGCGGUGGCGGAGGACGUUAUGAAUCUUCUUCUUACGGUGGAAGGGAUGGGGGAGGAGGUGGAGGAGGUUGGGGUAUGUCGUCCGGGGGUUAUAAACCCGAGGGAAAUGAUAGACAAGGAUAUGGGUCCUUUGGAAAUGACUCAAAUGGAGGCAGUAGCUAUAAGAGCUUCCAUGAGAGCAUGAUGGGCUGCACAAAGAAUGAUAGCAAUUCGGGCUGGGCUGAGAACAAUGUUCGGGCCCGUAGCCGUAGUCCAGAGAGAUUCAAUGCCUGUGGCACCACCAGAGUUAGCUUUCACGAGACCAUGAUGCGAGCUGCUCAACCGAACCCUAAUCAUGAAGAGGGCUCGGCUGAAGAGAGCAAUAAUGCAUGGAAUUGACGUGGUUGCUUUGUUUGCUUUAGUUGAAGGUUAUUAUUGGUGGUUUGAAAUUGGUUAGUUUGGGGAAGUGUUGUCCGGUGAACAUGUUUUGUGGCUGAUCCGUUUUUGUUGGCUAUGUAUGUUUAUUUGCCGUAGUAAGACGUAAAAGCUUCAAGGGUCAGAUAGAUAUGCUAUGCUACUGCAAUUGAAAAUUGUCUUGGGAUGGUUCUUUUGUUGUAUAUAUUUGGCAGAAUCUCUCUACACGUGUUUUGAUCGAAAUCUAUGAAUUGUGUGAGAUUUGAUCAUUUGGAGAGGCUGACACGGUAUUCUGAGUGCAUGCGUACUUCUGAGUAGCAUGGAGGAUAACUUCAUCAAAAUCUACCAUUGAUAUGAAUCUAUAUAUAUAUAAUUG